AUGCAAUAUUUGUCCGUCGCCCUGCCGCUGGCUGCCUUGGCCAGCGGCGUCCUCGCCAAUCCUGUGCACGGUGGUUGUGUCAACAACGCCUGCUUGGCUGCUGUGACUGGCCGAGCUGCCUUGGGAGAUGGUGCGCUCCGAGCUUCUCACUGCGCUAGCUUCCUGGCCACGACCGUGACCCCGAUCGUCACUGUCACCGAGACCAUCACUGGCAACGGACACGACAACUGGAAGCGCGCCACCGUUGCGCUCUGCCCCAACGAGGUCCCCAACUACGCCAGCGCUUGCGACGAGGCCGCCUAUACCAGCGCCUGCUCGUGCUUUGGCUACACUGAUGUGAAGACAACCACUGUUGCCGCGACCACCACCACCAAGACUAUCUGGGUCAAGCCUACCGGUGGUGCUGGCUCCAGCUGCACCGUCGCCACCUCGACCUUGACCAGCACGGUCACUGGUACCACCACCGUCGUCAGCGGCAGCACUUGCCCAGUGGCCACGUCUUCGACCGUUACUGAGACCACGACCAAGGUCAUUCCGACUUACAGCUCGUGCCCUGCCGGAACUACGACCACCGUGACCACCGGAGCCCCUGUUACCGCUACGACCGUCACCGUGACCAGCGCUGCGCCUGCCACUGCCACCACGGUCACAGUCACCGUCAGUGGUCCCUCGGGCACUUCCUCGGGCACUCCUUCGUCUUGCGUUGUUGACGAUGCUUUGGCCACGACCCUGGUCAACAACUUCAUGAUCUUGCUCGAGUUCACCUCGUACAAUGGUACUCAAGGCCCCCCCGGCCGUGGCUACCAGCAGAACGUCUCCGACGCCACUUUGGCCGACGACUUCAGCGACAUUUCGGACUCGAUCAACUUCAUGGCCGGCUUCCCGCUUGGCUCCGUCACCUUCCCCAGCAAGACCGCUUUCGACAUUGGCCAGGGUGUUAACCAGCCUGAGGUUACUGUGAAUGCUCUCAACAUCUGGCACGACUGCAACACCAUCACCUGGAGAUGGAGAAUCACCUCGACCCGCUUCCCCGUCAACGGUAUCAACCACAUGAUCAUCAACAGCGAAGGCAAGAUUCAGAAGAAUUAUGCUGAAUUCGACAAUGGUGCCUGGCUCCAGUCUUUCGGCCUGCAGUGCGCCACGAACCCACCCACCGUCGCGAGCUCAGCUGCCCUUAGGGCCCGUGCUCUAGGCCUCGGUAUGUAA